GGCAGAUAUCAGUGUCGAUGGCAUUCAUUCCCAGCUAUUCUUAGGAGCCUCUCAGGAGCUCCACACAGCCUGGCCAGGCAGCAAGGGACGGAGCAGAGGCCGCCGCUGUCAGCACCAGCAUGUCCUACAGCGUGACCCUGACAGGGCCUGGGCCCUGGGGCUUCCGUCUGCAGGGGGGCAAGGACUUCAACAUGCCGCUCACCAUCUCCCGGAUCACACCGGGCAGCAAGGCCGCCCAGUCCCAGCUUAGCCAGGGUGACCUCGUGGUGGCCAUUGAUGGCGUCAACACAGAUACCAUGACCCACCUGGAGGCCCAGAACAAGAUCAAGUCUGCCAGCUACAACCUGAGUCUCACGCUGCAGAAGUCAAAGCGUCCCAUUCCCAUUUCCACGGCAGUGCCACCAAUCCAGUCCCCUCUGCCGGUGAUACCCCACCAGAAGGUGGUAGCCAACUCUCCAGCCAACGCCGACUACCAGGAACGCUUCAACCCCAGCGCCCUGAAGGACUCGGCCCUGUCGACCCACAAGCCCAUUGAGGUGAAGGGGCUGGGUGGCAAGGCCACCAUCAUCCACGCGCAGUACAACACGCCCAUCAGCAUGUACUCCCAGGACGCCAUCAUGGAUGCCAUCGCUGGGCAGGCCCAGGCCCAGGGCAGUGACUUCAGUGGGAGCCUUCCUAUCAAAGACCUCACCGUGGACAGUGCCUCUCCUGUGUAUCAGGCUGUGAUUAAGAACCAGAACAAGCCGGAAGACGAGGCUGAUGAGUGGGCCCGCCGCUCCUCCAACCUGCAGUCUCGCUCUUUCCGCAUCCUGGCCCAGAUGACGGGCACAGAAUACAUGCAAGACCCUGACGAAGAAGCUUUGCGAAGGUCAAGGCCCCAGGCCUCUGCCUACAGUCCUGCUGUGGCCACCUCUCCAGCACCUGCCGCCCAUACAUACAGCGAGGCCCCAGCUGCCCCUGCACCCAAGCCCAGGGUUGUCACCACUGCCAGCAUCCGGCCUUCUGUCUACCAGCCAGUGCCUGCAUCUACCUACAGCCCAUCCCCAGGGGCCAAUUACAGUCCCACCCCCUACACCCCUUCCCCUGCCCCUGCCUACACCCCCUCCCCUGCCCCCACCUACUCCCCCUCACCUGCACCAGCCUAUACCCCACCAGCCCCAAGCUAUAACCCCACGCCCUACAGUGGGGGCCCUGCGGAGUCUGCCAGCCGCCCCCCAUGGGUGACAGAUGACAGCUUCUCUCAGAAGUUUGCCCCGGGCAAAAGCACCACCUCCAUCAGCAAGCAGAGCCUGCCCCGAGGGGCCCCUGCCUAUACCCCACCGCUGCAGGGUCCCCAGGUGUCCCCCCUUGCCAGGGGUACUGUCCAGAGGGCCGAGCGCUUCCCAGCCAGCAGCCGGACUCCGCUCUGUGGCCACUGCAACAGCAUCAUCCGGGGCCCCUUUCUGGUAGCCAUGGGCCGCUCCUGGCACCCAGAAGAGUUCAACUGUGCCUACUGCAAGACCUCCCUGGCAGAUGUAUGCUUUGUGGAGGAGCAGAACAAUGUUUACUGUGAGCGGUGUUAUGAGCAGUUCUUCGCCCCAGUCUGUGCCAAGUGCAACACCAAAAUCAUGGGGGAAGUGAUGCACGCCUUGAGACAGACAUGGCACACCACCUGCUUUGUCUGUGCAGCCUGCAAGAAGCCCUUCGGGAAUAGCCUCUUCCACAUGGAAGAUGGGGAGCCCUACUGUGAGAAAGACUAUGUCAACCUCUUCAGCACCAAGUGUCAUGGCUGUGAUUUCCCCGUGGAGGCUGGUGACAAAUUUAUCGAAGCCCUGGGGCAUACCUGGCACGACACCUGCUUCAUCUGCGCAGUCUGCCAUGUGAAUCUGGAGGGGCAGCCAUUCUACUCUAAGAAGGACAAACCCCUGUGCAAGAAGCAUGCGCACGCCAUCAACGUGUAGGGAGCCCAGGGCAUCUGAUGCGAACGGGCAGGAAGCUGCUGCUGCUGGCAACCAAGGAUUCAAGGAGGCUGAUGUUUCUUUUUUGGGGGGAAAGGAGAAGACCAGAAGUGACUGAGCCCUUUGAAGUAUAACUUUAGUCCUUUCUUCUGCACACAGAUCAUGUAUUUGCAUAGUUCAGCCUAGAAGCCAAAUGAAGAUUCCUGAACCAAGCUAGUCAUUAAUCCAAGACUGGAAUUGUACUUCGAACAUUGAGGACAGAAUUCCAAGAACUCAAGCGUGAAAAAAAAACCUAACUUUCCCAAAGCAAUACACUUCCCUGAGCUCACCAGAGCAGAGACAGAGCUCAGAGCAGUUUUGGAGAAUCGGAAGCGUUCUCCAGAGUUGUGUAGAGCGCCUCUGGCAAACAAAAUGAAGUGCCAAACAGUCCUCACUGCAGGGUAUUUUUAGAGCCCUAGCUGAGAGCUUGUUAGCUAAGACCAAUUGGGCUUUCUUCACCAAAAAAGGAAGUGUUAUUCCGUGACUCGCGUCAUGGAGCUACCUCUGCACAUCAGACUUCAGACCUUGCCGGGGUUUGGACAUUCUCAAGGGAGCCCAGACAUCGGAGAGAUGGCUUCUGGGAGCUGCUGGGCAAUAGACAGGGCAAGGACGGGGCUGGCACCACAAACAGCUGAGGAAAGGAGGGCUCUUCAGCUGCCCUCUUUCAGUCUGAAACAUCCAGUGUCCCUAGAAGGCUUAGCUUCUUUUUGAAUUGUGGUGGGAAAGUGGAAUUGGGCUUUUCCAGUUUUGCUUUGCUGUGUGUGAGAGAUUUUAAAAUGACUUUGGGCUGUGUUUGGCAUGAAUGUCUUGUCUCUUGCAUGUGUUUCACUCCCAAUCCUGUGAUGGCUCACUGAUAGAGUCUUCCUCAGCAUCCCUUCCCUCAACAGGCUUAGCGACCUGCGGAAGAAAGACAGUGUCUGAAACAGGAUGGCAGAAUAGGCUGAGGACAUGCCCACACUCUGGGUGGGGAAGAGGAGCCUUUCUUUCUGCCAGCUUCAGUAAUAACGCAGAAGCUGGCAGGAGCUCCCACAUCAGAGCAGUACCAACCUUUUUGUCCUUUAAACACGGCAUACUGAUUAUAUAUAGUUGUGUUGCCUGCUGGAAGGGAGAGAUGGCCUGUUGGAUACAUAUGUGCCAUUUUGGCCAGUAUUUUUUAAAAGUAGGAGCUAAGGUGAUCUAGCAAUUAUUUAAGUACUUAUUGAAAUAGACUUGGGUCUUCAAACUUCUUUAAAAUAUUAGUGAUAGUUUGAGUUAAGCAUUUUAAAGUUGUUUGGUGAUAAAGAGAGAAGCUUAGUGUCUGAGGUUGGAAAUGGUAUAGUCUUCCGCUUUUACGAAGCGCUGUUGUGAUGCUCACAGCACACGGCACUGAGGCAGGAGGUUUGAGUGGAUAUUUCUCACUGGAGCACAAUACUUAGGUGCUCUUCCAACUCACUGCUACUCUCUCUCACUCUUGUUUUGGAUUUUCUCUUUGCACGUUUGAAAUGUUUUAUGAGGAUGCAUCAGAACACUUUUUCUUCUGAGAACUAAGGCUUCCAGAGGACUGACUUUCUACCUGAGGGAGAAGGAAGCAGCUAGAUAUGUCUCUAGCAGGAGGUGUAUGUUUUGUUUUUUUACAAGGAAGGGUGAAGCCACCAACAUCCCCCGGGGAGCACUAGGAAGGACAUAAAUGUGUUCCUAUCACAGGGCCCUACUUGACCUUUGGUGCCGUGAGAAAGUGAAUAUAAAGCACCAGGCAGAGUGAAAUCCGCCAGGAGUGCCUAGAGAUUUUUCAGAAGCUGCCAACAAGCAUUCUGUUAUUUUUGGAAAGUUCAAAUAUACAGGGACAAGGAGGUUGCUGACUGUAGAGAAAGGCUCUAGGCAGGUUUUCUCUUUAAAAAGAAAAAAGAAAAAAACUAUUAAAUUAUCAGGGACCGGUCUCAAGGAAAGGGAAAAAAUUUCCCUAGAGUUAAGUUUCCAAAAGUAUCAUUUUAAAAGGUUACACACACACACACACACACACACACACACACACACACACACACAUGAUCAUUAAAAAGAAAAGUGAAUAGCUCAAAGCAGAACUUUAUCAUAGUUGUUUAUUGAAUCAUUUUUUUUUUUUACCUCUCAGAGCUAGUAUAGAUUCUGAGGAACUCUUAUAUUUACCAAAACACAAAAUAAACAAUAACAACACCACCAAAAACCAUUUUAAAGGUAGCAGGAAAAGCAGAUAGUUUGGGUUAAGGUUGUAUCUAUUUCAGGUUAAUAUUAUGGGUGUCCUACAACACCGAACACAGUUUUUAAUAGUUCAUGGUGGGGAGUACACUAUGGAUCUACAGUUCUUGUCUCCUCAUUGUUGACAUUUAUUUAACAUUUAUAAACAUUUUUUUGCAACUGAGUGACUUAUAUCUGCAGUGUCUGUGUUAGGAAUCUAGCUUUUAUAAUGUUAACUUUUCAACCCAGGUAUUCUUGCUUUGGGAUUUUUUUUUUUUUAAUUUUAACAUUUUUGAAGUAUGUUAGAGGUGUGCACAAAAAUGCUUUGCAUGUUUUUUGGCCUGUGUGAAUUCGUUUUAGCAAAAUAAAACCCCAAAACAGAUGUGCAAAUACA